GCCGGUCUGUUUCCGCAGCAAGGCUGGCGGCAUGCCGCAACAAGAAGAGAACCGAAUUACGGGUAGCGACGACGUGUGCCAUAACAAGGUCGUCGCCACGGAUAAGCGGGUACGCCACCAAACGCAACCACGCGACAUCACGCCGCGUUCCCUUCCCGCUCCCAUCAGUGGUUCGUCGUCCAACGGGUUCUACGUAGGCACAGUCAGGGAUCCUAGGCGUUAUAGUCUGGGUGCGAUGAUCAGAGCGAACGAGAAAAAGUGCUUUUCUACGCGGCCGAGGAGGAGAGUUGUAUCGUCAUCCACAUCGAGCUCUUCCGAUAAAGGGUUCAGAGAAGACUGUGAUGAGCUAGAAAAGGAGAAUUGCUGCGAUAGAGAAUUUACAACAUUUUUUUUCGACGAGGAAAUGCACUUGCUAGCAAAUGAGAUUGCCAAAUCGGAUCGACGUUACAGCUUGAUGUCUUAUGAAAAAUUAGACUCACCGAUGAUGGAAGACCAACCUAUCCGCAAUUACGAAGAUCUCGUUCCUGGCAGGCAUCGCAGAAGCGGCAAUGAGCGUGUGCACCCAAACAACCUCUACACUGCGUUUUCACGCUCAAAAAGAAGACUUGAAAGGGAUUUGCCAAGUUGGAUCGAUGCGGAGUCAUUGGGGAAGAAUGACGAACGUUCAUACUGGCAGGACCGCAUAAACAAUUACCAAAACGUCUCGAAGCCUUUUUCGAACCGAGAUCGUGCCUUCUGUGGUCGCACAGCGGUUGCCGAGGGAGUUCAUUCGGAACCCGAACUUGACUCCUGUGAGAGCGCUCCAUCCCAGCAGCUCUGUGAUAUCAGCACCGAGAUUUUCGGCUUCUCCGAAGCUGAAUCCGACGUCGACUGAGAACUGUGUCACUUGCCUAUCCGCCAUAAAUACAGUGAUUUUUUUAAUCUCCGUUGCGCCACAUUUUUGUUGAUUUAAUUUUUGAUUUGUUCUAUGUAUUUCACAACGUAGCCUUCACGUUCUGGUCUCCUCAAGAGGUGAUGUUGACACCUCUGGCAGGUUGUUUGAAAGUAUCUCCUGCUCCCGGCUUUACUAUCCUAGGAUACUUUGAUGUGCAAUAGUUGUUUGAAAUGUGAUUAUCAGUAACUGGUUAUGCCUUCGUUCACUCGGCUCCAAGUGCUUUUAUGAGCCACGAUGAGCUACCGGUCGCAGUUUUAAUGUUAGUCAGUAUAUCAUCGGUGCGUUGUACCGGCCGUCGUGCCUCGCUCAAAGCCUUCAGGCAAAUCCAGGCAUUGGCUCCCGGCACCUCGCACCGUCCGCCUCAUUCAUUUUAGCCUUCGAGGAACCAAUCCCGCUUAUUUCCUUCUCAGUGUUUUGUUGUUAGCGUAUUUGAAUUCUCACGUAUACUCGAUUUGAAAUUAUCACACUUUCUGAUCUGGCUGAGAUUGCUUUAGAUAUCACUACCCACGUAUAGCUGAUCAAAUGGCCGGUAGUACGUGCAUUUGCGCAACAGUGGUAUUUUCUGUAUGUUAUUUUGUUUAGAAGUUAAUCAAGUUAGGACACAUUAUUAACAUUUCUCAGGACAUCCAUUGAAAAUUCUUUGUCAAAUAAUAGGCAAAUCGAAAUGCAUUAAUCUUGAGGAAUUGCGCAUUUUUGUUUUGAUACGUGGUGUGCUGCUGCGCCCAUAUAGUAGAAUGUGGACGUUGCUGUACUCGUAGUCAUCCAUACCCUUUCUGAAUCGCGGUUUGAUGUUUACCUUGUCUCAUACUAAUAUUUCUUUGUUUGUAUAUGUAAAUCUAUAG